AAAGAUAACUGAUAAGAAGUCUGUCUCGAUAAGUGUCUGAGCCUGACCUACGGUUGCCACUCGGUAUUCUACAUUCGUCCAAGCCGUCGAUCUGACUAACAUUUUUUAAAUACAGUCACAUACGCGUGUGGCAAUUAUGUUUAAAAAAAAUAAUAAAUAACUAAAUAUUGAACAACGUUAUUACUAGAGGACCAUAACAGUCGCAUUAAUUUUGUUCGACGGUCUUGGACGAUUAUUUAUCUAUAAGCAAUUGUUAUUGUUCACAAGUUAUUUUUAAUUUGUAAUCGAUUUUAAUCUCAAAAAAUAAGAACAAAAACAAAAUGAUAAACAAAGGAAUCUUGAGACAAUUUAUGGCUGCAACUGCAGGAUCGCUGUCCAUAAUGAACGUGGGCAUAAUACUCGGCUGGACGUCUCCGAUCAUGGAGGAACUGCUGGGACCGGACAGCCCGAUACCGAUGACGGUGGACGAGACAUCGUGGUUCGUAUCGGUCAUCGACUGGGGUUUGAUCUUGGGGUCGUUGCCGUUCGGCGUGCUGGCCGACCGCUGGGGCCGCAAGCCCAGCCUGCAGAUCAUCGGGCCGAUGGCGCUGGCCACUUGGGUGGCCCUGCUGUACGUCGACACGUUUCAGGGGCUGUUGGCCGUGCGGUUCGCGCAGGGCCUGCUGGCGGCCGGCGCGUACACGGUGCUGCCCGUGUACGCUGGCGAGAUCGCGGGGCCCAAGAUCCGGGGCGCCCUGGGCACGAUGUUCCAGAUAAUGAUGUACGUGGGCAUACUGUACGUGUACGCGGCCGGCAUGUACCUGGACUACACGCAUCUGACGUACGCCGCGAUGGCGGGCCCGGUGGUGUUCUGCGCAAUGUUCGCCACAAUACCCGAGUCGCCGCACUUUUACGUGAUGAAGAACCGGCUGGCCGACGCCAAACGGGCGCUGGUCUGGCUGCGCGGCGACGACACCGGCAGUUCCGUGGACGACGAGAUGGAUUCCGUGGUCGAAUGCAUAUGCAAGGAGAUGCGCAACGCGUCCUUCACCGAGCUGUUCACCGACUGGGUGAGCCUCAAGGCGCUCAUCAUCGUCCAGGGCCUGUCCGUGUUCCGAGUGAUGGCCGGCGUCACCGCGCUCAUAUCGUACGCGUCCAUCACGUUCGCCGAAAUGCACGUGGCCGUCAACGCCAACAAGCUGUCGCUGGUGUUCGCGUGCUCGGUGCUGUUCUCCGCGCUACCGUCCACCGUGCUGGCCGACCGGGUGGGCCGCCGGCCGCUCAUGAUCGUGUCGUGCGCCUCGUGCUUCGCGUUCGACACGGCCAUAUUCGCGUACUUUUACGUGGACCGGUGCACCGCGUACGACGUCACCGAUUACGGGUGGCUGUGCGUGUUGGCCGUCGGCGGGCUGUCCGUGGCGCACACGCUCGGCCUCGGCUCGCUGCUGUCCACCAUCAACUGCGAACUGUUCCCGUCCAACACCCGGUCCAUAGCCAACGCGGUCAACACCAUCACGCUGACCGUCGCCUCGUUCCUGGCCCUCAAGAUAUACCCCGUGCUGGCCGACGACGGCGGCAUGUACCGCAACUAUCUGAUAUCGUCGCUGUUCAGUCUCACGUCCAUAGUCAGCUGCUUCCUGUGGCUGCCCGAGACCAAGGGCAAAACGUUCGCCGCCAUACAGGCUCAGCUCAGGAAGACGGACGAUUUGGUCUGAACGCCCGCACUGCGUUUUAGAAGUCCGACCACUGUCGGUGGCAGAGAAGGACGAGGAGGAGGUUGGUGAAUGGUGACAAGUAGGUUUUUAUAAAUUCGAGUCGAACACACCUGCACAAUAUGUUUACACGACUCGUCGCUUACGUCGAAUGCGUAGAACGUUACAUAGGUACACAAUAUUAUAAUAUAAAAGUCGUGCGCCGUAGCAGGAGAAGGACUCGUACCGCGUUUAGUCGGCGACGGGUGCGUUUUUCCGAAAAUACUAUAGUCGUCGUUUGUUAGAAAUAUCGUGUUUUUUUUUUUUUUUUUUGUCACUUAAACUCAACGGAUAAGUGGAAUUAUUUUUGCUGAAAUAUUAUACAUGUCAACUUUGAUGCAAACAGAAUAUUUUGUUUUUCAAAAUGUCAACAUAGUUUGUAAAAAAUUAUUUUUCUUUUAUACUAUAUAAUA